UUCCUUCAUUUUUGUGUUAAUGAAUCUAUUGAUAAGCCUUUCAAACAGAUUUUUUCCCCUCGCACACAAGAAGUUUACGUCAGUAAAUUACGUCAUGCCAUACGCCUCGACUUAAUCUAGUCCGCAAAAAUAGCGAUAAAACGCCAGAAUAAGUUGCUGUUCAACAAUAAUUAAAUACAUUGUUUUGAAAAUGUUAUCUUCUAUUGAGUAUUCAUCACCCAAUCGAUGCAAACAUAAUCACAAUAAAAACCUUUUGACCUUUUUAUACCUAAAAAUUUACCAAUGUAUGAAAGCGCUAAAACUACUACUGUUACUAUUAGCAGAUAAACUGAAACUAAGCUUCAUUAUUAAUUUUUAACAACCGAUAAAAACUAGCAAAAGUACUCUAAAAACUAAUUUUAAAAAGUCACAGCAAAAUAAAAAUAAACUAUAAUGUAAAAACCCACAGCCAUUAUAACCCUGGAGAAUUCACUGCCAUCAGACCAGGUUACAGUUUGCAACGAGUUGCGUCAUCACUUCCAUCGUCAUGACAACGAACACAACAAAGCACAAACAAAUUCUGGGUCCACGUUUCCCAUCCCUAGCUAGAGUCAGCUGAACGUUUUCACCCCUGACGGUAGGUGAAGGUGAAAAAUGAGUCACACGUGGCAAAGAAAGCUCCCAGAUGGGUGAACACAAAGGGUAUUUCCACAAAUUGGGUUUGAACAACCCUGUAGGUAUCCCACCUAUACGGGCUGUAAAGGUUCACGUGUUCACAUGAGAACGAUGAGAUAUUUAGACUUUCCAAACAAUGCUUGGUGUGUUUGUAAGUCCACCCACGGUGAACAGUCAUUGCAACAAUGAAUCCAUCAAUGGGGAAACUGGUCCCACAUUUAAAACAACAACAAAAAAAAUCUUCUGGGUUUUACAGUCAUCACACUUUUGAGGGGUAGGCUCAAAACGUAUCUACAGUCAAGACCAAGCUGCUGCUCUGAGAAAAAGUGUCAGAAGAGAUAAAUAAUAGACGGGGUUUGCUUGCUUCUGAGGUGUUCACUUAGAACGUUUUAUUCUUUUAGCUCCCGAGAGCUCCUCAAUCGGUUUCACUUCCUUCGCCUCCAGCAAAACAAUCCUCAGCCGGCCUUUCAAAAUCAAAUCAAAUCUCUUUGUGACAUGUCGUCGGUUGAUGGGUGUGAGAAAAAGAAAUGAGGAUGUUGAGAGCAAUGAGGACACAAGAAGCAGUCAACAUUCAGCUGCGCAAUACUGAGGUAAGGUCAACCAUUUCAAGCUGGCUUUCACAUUUCAAAUUGGCCCACGGUAGUUUUAAGUCCCAAUUAUUAUUAUAAUCAUUAUUAUUUUGUAUUCCCACAACAAUCUUCUGUUGACCUUAAAAGUUUCAAAAUUGUCAGCGGCUAAACAAUAUAUGACAGAUUUACCAGAUUAGAAGGUGUAAUUAUUUUGCGAUUGUAUUUCAUGGGCUUUUUUUUUUUUUACAAAAGUGAGAGAAAGAAAAACGUUGGAAGAUAAAGUUUAAUAAUCUGAGAUAUGGCUUUUACAAAUAAGCUUUCUAGCACUUCACCACCCAUCGACAACCACACAGUGAUGUUAACACAUGCAGGGGAAAGCUUUAGAAAACAAGUGGUAGCAGCCUCAUUUUUAUGAUAUAAUCUUACUUUUAGGUUUUAAUAACUGGACUGUGUUUGCUUUUUUGCUGUAACUACACAGUUCAUGUAAAAAGCAGCGACGGAAUCAGUUUCGAAGCUGCCUCCCGGCAGAGCAGGGUUUUCCUUAGUUAAAGCCCUCAAAACCUUUAUGCAGGUGGCAGGCUGUGUUUGUUGAGGAAACCUCAAACUUUGGCAUUGUAACUGAAGAUGAGCAGACAGGUGCGCGACAUCUGAGUGUGUGCGGGGCUCUAAAAGUGACAUGAAAGAGUUGGCUUCUCAAGACUCCUGCAGAUUUACAGUGCACCAUCUUCACUCCCUCAGACACCUACCUCCGCCAUGCCGCGCUCGUUCCUCGUCAAGACCAAACGGACGCAUCCCCUCAGCCCACCCAGGGACCACUGCUCCAGACGGCAGGCUGAAACUAACGCCAAGGAUGGGAUUGGGCUUCCUGAAGAUGCUCCACAAACUUUACCUUCCCCAGAGAUCAGAAACCCUGUGACUGAUGGACCGGCAAACUGCUCCUACAGAACCCCAAAAGACAAGCUCUGGCCUUCAGCCCCUGUGGAGAAGGAAGACCGUCCCACGCCAGUCGCACCAUGGUCGCCUGACCGACAACAAUCUGACCGAGAGAGAGAGCUGGAGAGGCUCGUCUUCUUGUUGCUCAACCACACGUCACACACUGACCUCAAAUCACCGGUCAGGGAUUGUCCGCUCUGUGAAAAGUCUCUUUCAGAUAUCCUAAUGUCAGGGAGUCUGCGAGACCAAGGGUACAACACCCUCUCCAUCCCUUUAUCAAGGACCCUGGCUGCUGCAGACAUUUCCCAUGUGCCCUUUGGUUUCCAAGCAGUUGGCAGCUACAGCAGAGCAAAGGAGCGAAGCUUUGGCUGCAAAGUGUGUGGAAAAGUCUUCAAGCGCUCGUCCACCCUGUCCACUCACCUCCUCAUCCACUCCGACACGCGGCCUUACCCCUGCCAGUACUGCGGCAAGAGGUUUCACCAGAAGUCUGACAUGAAGAAACACACCUUCAUACACACAGGAGAGAAACCACACGUGUGCAAGGUGUGCGGUAAAGGAUUCAGCCAGAGCUCCAACCUCAUCACCCACAGCCGAAAGCACAACAGCUACCGGCCUUUCAGCUGCUCCCGCUGUCAGCUCACCUUCCAGCGCAGGGUGGACCUACAGCGCCACCAUGAGACACAGUGCGGCUAUGGAGAGGUGUACAGCCAAAGCUGAGCACAUCAAGCUGAACUUUUUUGUUUGUACAUAACUUUGACAAUCUGUGUAUAAUGUUUAAAUGAAUAUACAGUUUGUACAUUUGUUUACAUGACUAAAGACUAAUGUGACUUCUC